CCUACCCUCGGCGCUUCCACCUCUGCUGGUUUGCAGGGCAUAAAUAGCUGGGACCCGCUGGCCAUUUUCAUCAGUCCUUUUCGUCUGUCAUCGGUGACUUGUGCGUGGACAUUUUCCGGCUCGUGUACGCCAGAUACUUCAAGUGCCAGUGGAACGCGAUUUUCUAAACUCGGAGACUUCAACGCCUUGGAGAUGCUGAGAGGUGAGGAGAGUCAGCGGAUCAUCGCCUGAAUCCCAGACCUGGUGCAGGAUGCGGAAAAAUUCAUAUUGGAAGCUGUGUCCACGAUGGAUCCCGACGCGGGCUCUCAUCGCCUUGAUGUGCUUCACCAACACAUGGACGAGCUACAUGUGUCGGUUGCAAAUGCCCAUUUUGGCAGUGCCCAUGAUAAACAUAACUGGCAGUAGCGACGUAUCGGGAGCGUGCACUUCUGACACUGAAAAGCUGUUGAAAUCCGCGAAUGGAUCGGGAAACGCGCAUCACGGUCAAAAACGCUCAGUCUGGCUCAAUCCGGAGAGCUACACGGACGAUUGGCUGAUAGAGGACUACAGUCAUGCCGUCUACCGGCGCGCGGUGGAGGAAAACGGAACCACCAUCCAGGACGGGACCACGGAGAGUCUCGCCGACGAAACUCGUGGUUCCCGAUCCCGAAGAGGGAUUCGCCUAUUUUCUGGAGAGCCUUUUGACUGGUCUCCGACAAUUCGAGGACAGUUGUUGGCCGCGUACAGCUAUGGCAACGUGCCUGGUAAUUUCAUAGGAGGAGUUAUCGCCUUAAAGUUCGGGCCUCGCUCAUCGGUGUUCUGGACGGCGCUGGUGGCUGCUGUGAUCUCGCUUUUCAGCCCUUUGAUCGCACAGAUCCACUGGGGCGCCCUCCUGUUCACAAGGGUGAUCGUCGGCUUCACAGGGGGUAUAACUUUUCCCGCUUGUCACACCCUGGUCGCCAAAUGGGCGCCGCCAGAGGAAAGAGGCAGAUUCAUCUGGUCGCUCUUAGGCGGGACAUUUGGCACGAUUUUUACCUACCCCAUGGUCGCCGGCAUAGCGGAGUCCAUUAACUGGGAGAUGGGUUGGUACCUGCCCUCCAUCUUGAUGCUCAUUUGGAUAGUCUUCUGGAUGCUGCUCGCCUACGACUCCCCGGAGGAACACCCUGGCAUUACCGACGAGGAGAAACAGUACAUUCUAUCAUCGCAAGCUGGAAUCGUUAAGUGGAAGAAGCCGAGCUUGAAGGAGACUCCGAUACUGAAGAUCUGCACCUCGAUACCGUUCAUCAGUCUCGUGAUCUGCCACUUUGGAAACCUGUUCCUCCUCAUGUUCUAUCAGUACUCGAUGAUGUUGUACUUGACGAAAGCUCUGGGCUUCCAACUUACCAAAGGUGGAUUCCUGGCUUCCCUGCCGUGGUUCGCCAGGAUCCUGUUCGGCUUCUUCUUCAGCUGGGCUGGGGACAGGAUUAAGAAAAAACAGCUGAUGUCCAUCGCUAUGCUGCGGAAAGGCGCCGCGAUAUUCUCUCACCUGAUACCUGGGGUAUGCCUGAUAAUUGUGGGAUAUCUAGGAUGCUCGUUCAUUGGAGCAAACGUCUUCUUGUUCCUGGCGCUGGGGUUCAACGGGGCUGCCGCCAUCGGCAACUUGGCGAACAAUCAGGACCUUGCACCGAAUUACGCAGGAUUCCUCUAUGGGAUCAUGAACACCAUCGGGUGUUUCGCCGGAAUAAUUAUUCCCCCUAUGGUCGAAGCCAUAGCCGGGCAAUACGGAAAUCCCAUCGAGAAGUGGCAGAUUGUGUUUUGGAUAGGUGCCUGCGUAACCAUUGCCACCAUGGUCAUUUUCUUCAUCGGUGGUAGUGGAAAGGUGCAACCAUGGAACGACACCUAUGCACCAGAUACUGUUGCUGCCGAAGGAGCUGAAGCUGAAGGCGCGAACGCAGAAUCUGAAAAAGCUCAAGAAACGGAAACAGCUUAGAAUGUAUCGAUGACUGACGUAUUUUAAACAACUAUUUUUAGCGACAUUUCAUUUGCAAAACGGAACGAAGCAUAUUGGCUUUGGGAACGAAAAACCUCAACAAAACGAGGUGCUCGUUCGGUUAACAAAGGCAACGAAAUCAUUUCGACAAAUUGUAGUCAACAAGGAUGACAUUCCUUUAUCGUAUAAUAAAUUUUAUAGAAAAUUA